AUGAUUGACUACGAAGAGGUUAAGAAACACAAUACUAAGGAGGAUUGCUGGGUUAUAAUCCACAAUAAGGUGUACGAUGUUAGCGAUUUUGUUGAUGAACAUCCAGGGGGGUCAGCUAUUAUCUUAAAGUACGCAGGAAAGAAUGCUACGAAGGCGUUUGAUCCAAUUCAUCCGCCAGAUACUUUAACCAAAUAUUUGGCACCAAAGUAUCAUUUGGGAGAGGUGAGCAAGCCGCCACCGGGUAAGAAGAAGGUUAAAGCUUCACCCCCGGCACAGGCUUCGGAGCAGGCGCAAUCUCUGGCUGCAGCUUCGGAGGGUAAGCAAGUCGUAGACGAGUUUGAUGUUGAAUAUGACGAACAGGAUGACAAGGCGCCGAUCCCUGUUCUGCAAAGUGUUCAGCAAAACUUGCAGCAAGCUGACGAAACGGGAGAAGAGGACGAGUACGAUGAUGACGAUGAUGAACCACCCACUGAAGAGGAGUUGAAUAGACGCCAAAUGGUCAAGAGAAAGCCAGAUCUUGGACAGAUAUACAACUUGAAUGACUUUGAAUUCGUUGCCAGACACACAAUGGAAAAAGUUGCGUGGGGUUACUAUUCGUCCGGAAGUGACGAUGAAAUCACCCUUAGAGAUAAUCACUUGUCGUACCAGCGUAUUCUCUUCAAGCCUAGGAUUAUGGUGGAUGUUACUAACAUCGAUCUUUCGACCACAAUGCUUGGCACAAAGACUUCUGUUCCAUUUUACAUUACUGCAACUGCAUUGGGAAAGCUUGGUCACAAGGAUGGGGAAAAGGUUCUUACAAGAUCGGCUGCCAAACAGGAUGUCAUUCAGAUGAUUCCUACAUUAGCAUCUUGCUCAUUUGAUGAGAUUGUAGAUGAGGCGACAGACAAGCAAACCCAGUGGCUUCAGUUAUACGUCAAUUCUGACCGUGAAAUCUGUCAGGGCAUCGUCCAGCAUGCAGAGAAACGAGGCAUCAAGGGGUUAUUUAUUACAGUAGAUGCACCACAAUUAGGUAGAAGAGAAAAGGAUAUGAGACUGAAAAAUGUGGAAGAUUUGAGUCAUGUUCAAGGUGAAGGUGACGACGCCGACCGGUCCCAGGGGGCUGCAAGAGCCAUUUCAUCCUUCAUUGAUACAGGUCUUAACUGGAAGGAUAUCAAAUGGUUCAGGUCGAUCACAAAGAUGCCAAUUAUUUUGAAGGGUGUACAAACAGUCGAGGAUUCUUUGUUAGCCGUCGAGCACGGUGUCGACGGUAUCGUCUUAUCAAACCACGGUGGUAGACAAUUGGAAUACUCCAAGCCCCCUAUCGAAUUAUUAGCAGAAUUGAUGCCUAUCUUGAGGAAACGUAACUUGCACAAUAAGAUGGAGGUUUACACCGACGGUGGUGUUCGUAGAGCCUCGGAUAUCUUGAAAGCCAUUUGUCUUGGGGCCAAGGGUGUGGGUAUUGGUAGACCCUUCCUCUACGCAAUGUCUACAUACGGAGAUGAAGGUGUCGUGAAGGCUAUCCAAAUCUUGAAAGACGAAAUGAUCAUGAACAUGAGAUUAUUAGGAACUACUACAAUAGAUCAAUUAAACGAGAAUUACGUCGACACGAGAACUAUUUCAAGAUACGUUCCUGAAGAUAAGUUAUUUGGCAAGGUCUACGAGCCUUUGGUCUCUCCAUCAUUCAAAGAUUCUAAGCUUUAG